CACUCGAAUAUCACGUUUAUUCUUGAAUUUAUUGACAAAAAAAAAACAGAAUAAAGAAUCAAACUUCGACACUCUGUAUUUCAGAAAUGAAUAACUUGCGGAGAUUGAAUUUUUCACACGUACUCAAGAAACACAUUGUAUAUCGAAUAUCAUAUUAUGCAAUAGAAUAUCAGUGGAAUUAAUGUUCCUAAUAAAAAUUAAAAAUAGGUACCCAAGUAUGUAUGCAAUAAUGUGUUAUUGUUUCAGUUUUCCCGUGAAUCCUGAGCGCAGGCAGAGGUGGAUUUCUCUUUUAGAUCUGGAGAAUCAGCACAUCAUAAAGUAUGCUCAGAUUUGCCCAAAUCACUUUGAUCAGAGCGAUAUUAUGGUUACCGAAUUAUCUGGUCGAAGACAAAUAAGACCAGAUGCUGAGCCCCAAUUGAACACAACAGUCUUCACUGGGGCUUCAUCUUUCAGUUCGGACUCCACCAUCAGCAACUCUCCUAAAAAACUUCUUAGAUCGCUAGAUGUUGAUUUUGAAAGCCCAUUUGAAAAUUCAGAAUGUUCUGUUCUGCCCUCAGAUCUGACCGAAGUCACAGCUGAGCAAAACAAUGUGGGCUCCUCAAAUUUAAUCUUGCCUGAAACCAAACAUUUCGAACAGAAAUCCUUUUCGUCUACAGAAACAACAGAAACUGCUUCAGAAACGGAAAUGGUAAUUCAGCGGGGACUGACGUUGCGAGAUGCAUUGGAGAUUGCAUAUGAUGAGUCAGAAGAAAUGGGUGACGGCAGAGAUAUUUUCAUAGAACCUCCAGAGGUCAUAUUUUGA